GUCACACUCCUGCGGUCCAUUAUUCCAGCAUGGGAAAAGUAUCAAAAGAUAAACGUGAUAUAUAUUAUCGAAAAGCGAAAGAACAAGGAUGGCGAGCAAGAAGUGCUUUUAAACUCCUUCAGAUUGACGAAAAAUACAAUAUUUUUGAUGGUGUGACUAGAGCUGUAGAUUUAUGUGCCGCUCCCGGAAGUUGGAGCCAAGUUUUAUCAAGAAAGUUAUACCAAGGAGAAUCCAUUGAUAUCAGGGACACGUGCUAUCUGUUUUAUAGUGAUAUAGAAUUGCAAAGUAAGUUAGAUGGACUCGAACCUAGUGAAUCAUCCUCUAAAAACGAUAAUGUUAAAAUCGUGGCGGUUGAUUUACAGCCGAUGUCCCCACUUCCAGGUGUUAUUCAGAUUCAAGGAGACAUCACCAAAUAUUCAACUGCACAGCAAAUUAUUGGACAUUUUGAAGGUGAUCAUGCAGACUUAGUUGUAUGUGAUGGAGCACCAGAUGUAACAGGAUUACAUAGUAUGGAUAUUUACAUUCAGGCACAGUUAUUAUUAGGCGCAUUACACAUUUGUUGCAAUGUUUUAAAACCAGGUGGUACUUUUGUUGCAAAAAUAUUUCGGGGAAAAGAUAAUGAUCUGCUUACUAAUCAAUUAUUGACAUUAUUUAAAGAAGUUGAUAUUGCUAAGCCCAGUAGUUCCAGAAAUUCUAGUAUAGAAUCAUUUGUUGUUUGUAGAAAUUAUAGCCCACCAGAGGGUUUUGAUCCAAAACUUAUGACACCAUAUUUAGAUAUAUCUCAUCGUGAUUUUAAUUCACUCACUGGGGUGAAUAGGGUUAUAAUUCCUUUUGUAGUAUGUGGUGAUGUAAGUGCAUUUGAUUCAGAUACUACAUAUCCAUUGCAGUUGCAAGGAGAGAAGCCUUAUCAAUACAGACCUCCAGUCCAACCUCCAAUUGCACCAGCCUAUUCAUUUCAUAAUACUUUAAAAACGGAUAAAGAAUAUAUUGACCAAUAUCUGAAAAAAAUAGAUGAUGCUGUAAAGCAGGCAGGUCUUGGAGGACUUACAUCUAUUAAAAAGACAAUUACACCUAAAGAAUUGGAGAAUGAUGAAUCAUCUGAUGAUGAUUGUGGUAAAACUGAAGUAGGAAAAACACAUACAAUUUUGGAUAAUGGUCCAUACUUUGAUUUGCUUCAGAAAACAACCAAAUUAAAACAGCAAUCUGCAAAUAAAAGUCUGGAAACAGAAACUGAACAACAAGAAGGAACUAGUCUUCAGUUUUUCUAUGAAGACGAGUAUACAGAUCCAGAACUGAUUCAAGUGUGUUUGGAAAGAAUGAAAGUUACUGGAACUUCAUGUAAUUGUAAUUAUUUUGAUUAGUGUAUAAUCUAAUCUACACAAAGGCAUUAUAAUUCAAAAAAUUGAUCUAAAUGAGGUGUUCUUAAAAAGGGAGAAGUUUAUUAGUAGAUGUAAAAAUUUAAUUCUUUGCAUAAUUAGCCCUAUGGUAUAAUAGGUUUUUUCAGAAUUUGAAGCUUUUAUUUAUACCAAUAUUUUUUUUAAAAAUUAUGCUAAAAUAUGAGAGCUAAAAUAAUCUCCUAUCAUUGUACCACAGAAUAUUCGGAUGUGCUUUUUUAACACUUUUAUCUGGAUUAAAACCAGGAUUGUGAUAAUAAUAAAAUCCCAGUGUAAGUACUAAGUCGGCAGUCUAAGAAUGUAAUGACUAACUCUAGAUUUGUGUUUUCAAUAAAAAAAUUAAGUAUUUUUUGUUUAUUAAAUUUACUUUUGACUCAAAUAUUUUUUAAUAAAUCAAUUGUAAUAUGUAUUUUAAAAAAUAAUAAAUGUUUUAAUUUACACAG